AAAAGAUAUCUUUGGGUGUUUAUUGUUUUUCUCUUCACUUGUGCUCUCGCUUCAUUCAUGCUCGCUGAAAUCCCUCUGAGAAGCAACGUUCGAUGACGCCUCCGCUGGAGCAUGACUACAUCGGUCUCUCGGCAACCAUGGAAGCGCCGGAGAAGGUGACGGCCGGGGGAGAAGGCCACAAGCUCGGUCUCAAGGAGACGGAGCUGCGACUAGGGCCUCCGGGGUCUGAGUCUCCGGAGAGAAACCAAAGGAAUGGGUCUUACGCUGGGAUUAAUGCCAAAGAGCUUCGUUUCUGGUGCGAAGAGGGGGUUUUCGGAUGCUAUUGAUGGUGCUGGGAAGUGGGGCUUUGCUGGUGGAGCUGGAUCUGAGGUGGAGGUUGGGAAAGGUGGUGGUUUGUUCUCUCCGAAAGGGGAGGGGUGGGAAUGGGGUUAAGGAUGGUGCUGGCCAGGCGGGGGAGGUGAAGAAAGGGCAGAAUGGGGGGAAAGAUGCUGAUCGUGGAAUGGCUCCUGCGCCCAAGGCACAGGUGGUGGGUUGGCCACCAAUUCGCAGCUAUCGUAAGAAUACAAUGGCGACAAACCCGUCGAAGAACAAGGAUGAUGCUGAAGGGAAACAAAGUGCAGGAUGUCUCUACGUUAAGGUUAGCAUGGAUGGAGCCCCCUAUCUCAGAAAGGUCGAUCUCAAAAUGUACUGCAACUACAAGGAGCUCUCCUCUGCACUUGAAAAAAUGUUCAGCUGCUUUACUAUUGGUCAAUGUGGUUCUCAUGGAAUACCUGGCAGAGAUGGACUUAGUGAAAGUCGCUUGAUGGAUCUUCUUAAUGGAUCUGAGUAUGUGCUCACUUAUGAAGACAAGGAUGGUGACUGGAUGCUUGUUGGUGAUGUUCCAUGGGAGAUGUUCACUGACUCCUGUAGGAGGCUGAGGAUCAUGAAGGGCUCUGAUGCAAUUGGACUUGCUCCAAGGGCAAUGGAGAAAUGCAAAAACCGAAACUAGCCGUAACCAAAAAAGUUCAAGCGAAUCAAAUCGCUGUAAGGGCCCUUCUCGAAAUACAAGAAGUUUUAAGGCUUUAGUUGGCAACUGUCCUAUAUCUAUCUCUUAUGGCUUGCUGUUUCAUGUGGAUUGAGACUUUAUGUAGCUCCUAAAAGUUCUAGGAACAUAACUCUCUUAUUAGAUCAUGUUAUUCUAAUCUCUCUGUGUCUGCACUGCUAUUUCUAUUGCUGUAAAUUGUUGGUUUGCUAUUCGGAACUGCUAUGUUGUGUGCAACUUAAUUAUCCUUGUUAUCAAAUGUUAAAUUCUCCA